GUCUGCAUCUCUAGCCCUGAGCUCGUUGUGUCGCCGGUGUCUAAGUCGCUGACUCGUUAUGUUUCGUAAGGUACGGCGGGUUAAUGUGAGGAAACGCAAUGAUUCCGAGGAUGAAGAACGGGACGUCGAACAUAUGAUGUCUGCGGCGGAGGCUGAGCUUUUCCUACCAGAGUCCCCGGAACAAUACUUCGAAUCCUUGGGCCUUUCGCAACUCGAUAAUGGGCAGAUUCCGUAUCCAGCAACGAAAAUUAAUCGAGAGAAUAAACCGAUUGUGCCCAAGGCCAGUCUGCUCAGCUUCCAAGACGAGGAGGAAGAAGAAGAAGAAGUUUUUAAAGUAAAGAAAUCCAGUUACAGUAAAAAAAUAGUUAAACUUCUUAAAAAGGAGUAUAAAGAAGAUCUGGAAAAAACAAAGCCACUGUUUGAUGCCAUUCCUGGGUUAGAUGGGGACAACUUUUCUAGCAAACUGCUCACCAUCAAAGAUGAGUUUCCUGAGGAGAACACAAAUAACAGUGACCAUGGUGAAGCAGAGAUGGAAGUGGAAAGUGAAAAAGAAGAGGAGAAGCCCAAGGCUGCCUCCUUUACAAAUUCUCUGUCCUCAUUAAAUGUUCUCCGUCCAGGAGAGAUCCCAGAUGCAGCCUUCAUCCAUGCAGCACGUAAAAAGAGACAAAUGGCCCGUGAACUUGGAGACCUCCCGGGUUCUGAAGCAGAGGGAGGUAAAAGCCGAUUGGUUCGGGAAGAUGAAAAUGAUGCCAGUGAUGAUGACGACGACGAUGAAAAGAGACGUAUAGUCUUUUCAGUUAGAGAGAAAUCACAGAGACAAAAGAUAGCUGAAGAAAUUGGUAUUGAAAAUAGCGAUGAUGAGGCUUUAGGAACAGGGGAACAAGAUGAAGAGAUCAGCCGAUGGGAACAAGAACAGAUAAGAAAAGGCAUUAGUAUACCACAGGUUCAAGCUCCUCCUCCACCAGAAGCAAACAAUAUGUUUUACCAGACUACUUAUCAGGGAAUUCCUUACGGCUCUUCAUAUGUGUCUUACAAUUACGCUGCUUAUGGAUCUGCUGAUACAAAAUCUCAAAAAACAGAUAAUUCUGUCCCUUUCAAAACUCCCAGUAAUGAGAUGACUCCUGUUUCUAUUGAUUUGGUAAAGAAACAGCUUAAAGACAGGUUGGAUGCAAUGAAAGAAACUCACAAGAACAACCUUGAACAAUGUGAGAAACACCAGCAAAGCAGAGAAGACUCUACAAAUACCAUAAGUCGAUUGGAAGGCUCCUCUAAGGGUAAUGGUGAACGCUACCAAUUUUUACAAGAAAUGCGAGGGUAUGUCCAAGACUUGCUUGAGUGUUUCCGUGAAAAGGUACCUCUGAUAAACGAGCUUGAAUCUGCUAUGCACCAGCUGUACAAACAGCGAGCUGACCGCCUUGUCCAAAGACGACAAGAUGAUAUUAAAGAUGAAUCUUCGGAGUUUUCGAGCCAUUCAAGUAAAGCUGUAAUGGCACCGAAUCUAGACAAUUUUGGGAGAGACAGAAUACAAUACCAAGAGCACACAAAACAAAGGAGGAUUGCAGAGAGAGAAGCAAGGAGAGCACGUCGCAGGCAAGCCAGGGAGAUUACUGAUAAGAUGACUGAGCACCUUGAGGGCAUUUCAAGUGAUGAUGAAGAAACAUCCACUGAUAUUACAAAUUUCAACAUGGAAAAAGAUCGGAUUUUGAAAGAAUCAAGUAACAUUUUUGAUGAUACUUUGGAAAGUUUUCACUCAAUUGACUGCAUUAAAGAUCAGUUUGAGACCUGGCGUUCAACCUAUUAUAGCACCUAUAAAGAUGCAUAUAUUGGUCUGUGUUUGCCUAAGCUUUUAAAUCCUUUAAUAAGACUACAGCUUAUAGCUUGGAAUCCAUUAGAGCCAAAAUCUUCUGACUUUGAAAGUAUGAUGUGGUUUGAAUCGUUGCUCUUUUAUGGUUGUGAGGAAAAAGAGUACGACCAGGAAGAUACAGACAUAGCAUUAUUACCAUCUAUUGUAGAAAAAAUGAUUCUUCCCAAAUUAACAGGAAUUGCUGAAAAUAUGUGGGAUCCUUUCUCGUCAACACAGACAAACAGAUUUAAGGUCAUUGUGCAGAAACUAAUAAAUGGAUACCCAACAGUUGUAAAUUCAGAAAACAAAAACACUGAGGCAUUAUUAAAGGCUAUUUUGACGAGAAUGAGAAGAACAUUGGAUGACGAUGUUUUUAUGCCAUUAUAUCCCAAACCCCUUAUAGAAAACAGGAAUUCUGGACCCUGUGUCUUUUUCCAACGCCAAUUCUGGUCUUCGGUUAAGUUACUGGGAAACUUUCUGAAGUGGCAUGGAAUCCUUUCCAGCAAGACACUACAGGAGUUGGCAGUAGAUGGGCUUCUCAACAGAUAUAUCCUUAUUGCAUUUCAGAACAAUGAGAAUGGAGAAGACAGCAUUAGAAAAGCCCAAAGUGUUAUUGCAUGUUUUCCAAAGCAGUGGUUUUUAAAUCUCAAAGAAGGCAAAACAAUUCCACAAUUAGAAAACUUUGCUCGGUAUCUCACUCAUCUGGCUGGUACAAUUUAUAGAAACAACGUUGGAUGUUCCGACGUGGAGAAAAGAAAUGCAAGGGAGCAAAUAAAGCACAUUGUGAAGCUGUUAGCAAGUUUGCGAGCAGUGGAUAACGCCAUGUCUGUGGCCUAUGAUUACAAUGUGAAAGAUGUCUUCAAAACUCCCCCAGAAGGGAAAUGAGCGUGACGUGCUGUAUAUAGAACUUUGUAUAUGAUGUAAAGUUUCUUAAACUGUAAAUUGUUGAUAUAUUUGUUGGAAGGCAGCAGUUUCAAGGAGAUGGUGUGUAAGAACAGAGCAGCAGCGGCAUAUGAAACAGAAUUGUGAUUCUGACAGACCCUACCGUUCUUUUACUUCUAUUAUCAAACUUGCCUCGUCCCCGUGGUUUUCUUGGAUACCUAGGAGCACAUAGCAGGAAAUAGUGCUGCCAUCUAGAGUUCUCCCAAAUGACUAACAUUCUUGUAAAACUGCUGCCAUAUAGUGCUCCAGACACGUGCACACUCCUGAGCUUAGGCCCUUGCUUUUCAACAAAAGAUACCAAGAAACUGUGAUAAAAGAGGAAAAUUAGGUGUUUACAAUGGCAUGUUCUAUCUGAACAAUUGGGAUUUCCGUUCAGUUUAAGCAAAUGUUUGUCCCCUUUACAAAAUGUUUAUAUCGGACUUCUCCUGUAUCAGAACAGUAAUAAGUAGGAGGAGAUAAUGUGUAAGCCUAGAAUGUUUAAUAUCAGUGAAGGACCUGAGUGAUCAUGGGAAAUGCUUUAUUCACUGCAAGGCAGAGGAGACACAGCUGUCCAGCAUCUUCAAUGUAACCUCCUAGACAACGCACUGAAAAGACUGGGGAUAGCGCUUACCAAUUCAUUCUGUUAUCAAUUUGAAGAUUGGGUAAGGGGUGAAACAUGGCACUGCUCACUCCUUUUUCAUAAAGAAGUGAAAGUUCAGGCCACGUACAUGCUGAUAAUUCAGUGCAACUUCCUGUACACACGCACAGAACAUUUACUGAAGUGGAACUGGAAUGCUCAUGUUUUUUAUUUUCCUAAAGUUACUGGGAUUUGUUUGCUAUGAUUGCAGUUUUGUGCUGUCAGAGCUCUCAUGCGCUGAAUUUUCAGUAAUUUAGAUGUUUUAUUUCUGUUUGAGAUCCAAGCUACCAAUGUAUAAAGUCCAUAAUUCAUGUAAUUGUGUAAUAGUCAUUCAUAUUUAAACCACUUUAGGAAAACGUCUGUAUAUUUUCUGAAAAUGUAACAAGAUGAAUAAAUUUCUUUUUAUAGAGUGUU